AUGUUAAGCAUUUAUAUAGCUCUAGCUACAUUGAUAAUCGGUGUUAUUUACUUCGUGGUACUCUUACCACUCGUUCCAUUAUUAAAAAUAAAGAUGCAACUCGGAUCAAAGGCAGCAUUGAUGUACUAUCCUUUAUCAGGAUUGAAUAAGAUCUUCACAGAUUCAAUUACUAAAGAGAGAGACUUACUAAAGAUCAUAAAUAACCAACUAAAAAAGAACCCAUAGACAGUAGUAAUUUUAUCGAAUUUCUUCCACAAACCUGUAUUGGUAUGGACAGGACCAGAGUACAUAAAGGAUGUGUAUUUGGAUCACACAAGUUAUGUUAAAUUAGAUCCAUUCAUGGUAGAAUCAGUAGGACAAAAAGGAAUGGUUAUGAGUGAAGGAGAAGCUUGGAAGAGAUAAAGGAAAUUUUUAGGAACUGCAUUUACUUUCGAGAAACUCAGUUCUCGCUUACCCAUGAUCAACCAAGUGAUUGAGAAGGUAACAAAGAAUGAUCCAAAGACCAAUUUGAAUGAAUUUACUUCAAGAAUUACAGGAGAAGUGGUGAUUCACAGUUUCUUUGGAGAAUUGGCCAAUGGAUUCAAAAUAGAAGGAAAAGAUGCUUAGGUAACUAUUGUAGAAAUCCUAAGUGAAAUAUUCUUAUUGCCAAUUAACAAUCCAUUCAUUUAAUUAAAGCAAAUGUUAUUUGAGUACAAGUCAUGGUCAAUUUUACCAACAAAGAAGGAGAAGUAGCUCCUUAAAAGAAUAAGUGACUUUAAAUAGGUCAUUUAAGAAAUGAUAGAGAAAAGAAUUGAAUAACUUAAAAAUUAAUAACCAGAAAAUUAGGAUAAAAUGGUAUUCUUGGAUUUAUAUGUUACAGAGUAUUUAAAAUAAUAAAAAGAAGCAAAGCAGAAUAUUGAUAUUGAGGAGAUACUCCAUUAGUUUAUUACAUUGUUUUUCGCAGGUACAGACACAACUGCCACUACUUCAGGAACAUGUUUAUAUUAUUUGGCAUAAUUCCCAGAAAUGUAAGAUGAGAUAUUGAAGGAGGUCAUUGAUGUGGUAGGAGAAUAAGGAGAUGUUAAGGAGGAACACUUGAAUAAAUUAGUAAGAAUUAAUGCAUUGAUCUAAGAAGUCUUAAGAUUAAGAAACCCAGCAUUCUCUCCAGUAUUUAGAACUGUUAGAUAAGACAAAUAAUUAUUAGAUAUUAAGUUGAAGAAGGGAUGGUUUUCUAUUGCAUACCACAUUGGUCCAGGAUUGCUUGAUAAACAUUUUGAAAAUGCUUAGGAGUUUGAUUAUAAGAGAUGGUUGAAUAAGGGAAAUGUAAUUAAGAAUGAUAACGGAUUUAUCCAUAUUCCAUUCGCUGCUGGACCUAGAAACUGCAUUGGACAACAUAUGGCAAUUAUGGAAGUCAAAAUGAUUGUAGCUAGAUUAGUGAGAUAAUACAAGAUUAAAUUGAAUCCUGAUGUUAAGCAAAUUACUUUUGGAAUGAAAUUCUUGUAUUGCGUUGAGCCUGAUAAUUGUUUGGUAUAUGAGGAAAGAAAUUCCUAAUGAUGUG